GUGGCUCUUCCCUGGCUUGCAGAAGAAGCGCCAACGUCUUUUUUCUCCGUCUCCUUAUAUAUCUCGCGCCAAAAUACAUCCACGAAGAACCCUAAGAGAAUCAGGAGAUCAUCGAUUCUACUCUGUAUGAUUUUCUUGGAAAAUAAGAGGAAUUUACAUUUCCAGAAUUGUUAUCAUCACAUCGUCUUUAGAGAGGGUCAUCUAUAGCAGUACAGGGACUCAUGGACGGUAGUUUUGAUUCGGAGGGAUUGACCUCAGGAACCACAGAUAUCAGGGGUGUGAAGAGGAAGAUUGAACAAACAGACCCUAUGACUGACGCAGCUUCAGUCUCUUUUCGCUGCUCUCCUGCAUCCCCUGUAAAUGGGAGCCCUUCUGUUUCUACUUCAAAGACGACGCCUUCGCCAGUAAAAGUAGCAGAGAUUACAGGAAACUGGCUCCGAACUGUUAUUUCUCCACUCCCUUCGAAGCCAUCUUCAAAAUUGGAGCAAAUACUAGUAGUUCAUGGUGAAAGUAUAGUUGAUGAGGUGAUAAGGAGAGCGAAUAUUCUAGUGACAGCCUUAUUUCCUACUAGUAGAUUGGAGCAGCGAUUUAUCACAAGUCUGUAUCGCGUCAACUUGAUAGAAAGCUCAUGGUCAGAGCAGAGACGCAGCGAAGCCCUCAAGUUAUAUUACAGAAUUUUGGAAGCUGUUUGUGAAUCAGAAGCUCAAAAGUUGAACACCAAUGAUCUGAGUAGGUUACUGGCUAACGAGAGGUUUCAUAGAUGCUUGCUUGCUUGUUCUGCUGAAUUAGUUACAGCAGCGCAGACAGGAAUCAGUACGCUGCUUCCAGCGGUCUUUGAGAGAACAGGAAUAACAGCUUUUGAUCUGAGUAAAGUUAUUGGGAUUUUCAUCGUACAUGAACCAUCACUUCCAAGAGAAUUAAGACGGCACCUGAAUUCUUUAGAAGAGCAGCUGUUAGAGAGCAUGGUUUGGGAGAAAGGUUCUUCUUUAUAUGAUUCUUUAAUUGUUGCAAGACCAGCCCUUUCUGAUGAAAUCCAUAGACUUGGGCUAUUGGCUGCACCCAUGCCGUCAAUUGAUACUAUUGCCUUGCAUUAUUCUGUUUCUCAUGGUGGCUUCCCUUACCCAACUAUCUUGCAGAAUCACAAUUUGUCACCAGUGAAGGAUAGAAACACAACUACCCGUCAAAAGGGAGCUUGUAGUGAGCACGGUGAUAAGGCACUAAACCAUAUUUCACCUAAAUCACCAAAAAUAGACAGUCCGCUAGCUUUUCGUGGUCUGCAGUCCCAGCCAGAACUAGCAUCGCCAUCUUUGCAAAAUGCAACUCUGAGCCCAAAACAGUCAAAUGCACAACAUGGAGGGGUUGCAUGCUCAGAUACAGCUAUCAGUAUUCUUUUCAGUAAGCAUUGCUUUGCUUCACAGAUGACAAAGUUAGCAGCUAUCAGAAUCCAAUAUACAGCCGAAAGGCUAAAACUAUCUCAAAAGUUCAGGGAGAAAAUUUAUUUUCUCUUUCAACGGAUCCUUACCCAAAGGCCUUCUCUUUUCUUUAAUCGACAUAUCGAUCAGAUUAUUAUCUGCUGUUUCUAUGCGGUGGUAAAGGUAUCUAAAGUGGAGCUGACUUUUAAACAAAUCAUUGGCAAUUAUAGGAAGCAACCACAUUGCAGAUCUCAAUUUUUUCUUUUUGUGUCCAGCAAUCACGAGAAAAAUGGGGGACAAGACGUUGGGAUCUUUGCAUUUUACAACAAAAUUUUUCUUCCAAGUGUCGAGUCUUUGUUGGACAUUCUCCAUGCAGAAUCACCAAAACAAGUUCCCGAGAAAAAUACUGAUGAUUUCCCCAGUCUUCACCAAAUGUCUCCAUUUCCAAGCCUUCCAGACUUUUCUCCGAAGAAAUUGUCUCCAUCACAGAAUGUCUACCUAUCUCCAUUACGACCAUCAAAGAAGGAUACUUUGAACUCAAAUGUAAUGACUAAAAGCUACUACGCUUUAGUUGGAGAGAUCAUUCGCCCUUAUGAAAGUCCUUCGAAACAACUUUCAGCUAUAAACAAGUGCUUGAAUAGGGCCCCGAAGGCUAGGUGCAUGCUCAAAUUUGAUAAUGUGGAUGCGGUUAUGAUUAGUGAUAGUGUUGUGGCCAAGAGUUUAUGCCUUCAAAACAAUUACUCUGCUUCCUCGGGAGUUAUGCCUUGAUGUUCAUCCUCAAAAUCUCAGCAAGUUGAAGUCCCGACAUGGUUGAGCCCUUUUCUCCAUGAGAGAAGAAAAAAACAGUUCUGCCCCCUUGUGUAAAUUUUCUAGCCUGCACCUUUUAUUUCUUCUCAAAUAAGCUUAAAUCAAUUGUGUAAUCUAGCGAAAUAAUAUAACCUCAAAUUGUAGUAUAAGCUCAAAUGCUCAAGCCAUAUAAGAAUGCCAUUCUCCUUUUCUGUAAAAUUCUUAGGGUAAACAAUAAUUUAGUUUGUGUAGUGAAAUUUAUAUAUUAGUACUUGUAUUUGUAAAGAUCAGCUAUUUAGUAUUUUAAA